AUGCUACCCAGAAUUACACAUCCCGUUUCUCUGCUGUUACUCAUCAGCAUGUUCGGAAUCAUUGAUGCUCAGGAUGGAUGGGGUGUGACUUACACUCAGAAAUCUAUCUGUGCUCUAAAGGGAUCUACAGUGAUCAUGGACUGCACUUACACAUACCCACCUGGUUACACAGUUCAAACAGUUUUCUGGAGUAAAGAACGGCUUGGAGAAGGUAUAGAGCCUCCUGAUCUGGCUUCAGACCCGGAGUACAGAGGUAGAGUUCAGUACAUCGGAGACAAAAAUAAUGACUGCACUCUCAAACUGACUGAUAUUACAGAAAAAGACCAAACAACAUAUUACUUCAGAUUUAUAACUGAUAAACCUGAAGGAAAAUAUGAAAAUACAGAUGGAGUUCAGCUUCACGUUACAGAUCUUCAGGUGGGGGGUCCAGAGGAAGUAGAAGAAGGAACUGCAGUAACUCUCACAUGUGAAACAACCUGCAGACUGACUGAUAAUCCAACAUACACCUGGUACAGAAAUCAACAACAACUACAAACCACAACCACCUACUACUACUACACCGAGCUUUAUCUGCGGUCAGUCAGGAUGGAGGAUGGAGGUCGUUAUCAGUGUGCUGUAGGAGAUCAUCUCUCGUCUGCUGUGACUCUUAAUGUAGGAUCAACAGGAGAAACGUUUACAAUCCACAAGAUCAGAUCUGAUGAUGGAGGAGAAUAUAAAUGUUGGGCCAGGAAUGAACACGGAGAUCAAAACUUUACUGUAAAUAUUGAUGUUCACUAUCCUCCGAGGAGCGUUUCGGUGUCUGUCGAACCUUCAGGUGAAAUAAAGGAGGGCAGUUCGGUGACUCUGACCUGCAGUGCUGAUGCUAACCCCCCUGUGGAGAACUACACCUGGUAUAAAGAACAAACCUAUAAAGGAUGUGGAGAAACCCUCACUGUUAGGAACAUCAGCUCUGAGGAUGGUGGAGAGUACAAGUGCAUGACCAGCUAUAAGAACCAGUUUAAAUACUCUGGUCCUGUAGCUGUAAAGGUUUUGUAUCCUCCAAAAAACAUCUCAGUGUCUGUCAGUCCUUCAGGUGAAAUAAAGGAGGGCAGUUCGGUGACUCUGACCUGCAGCAGUGAUGCUAAACCAGCCGCCUCGUAUCAGUGGUUUAAAGGAACAACCAACAAAGCAACAGGAAAAACAUUUACAAUCCACAAGAUCAGAUCUGAUGAGAGUGGAGAAUAUAAAUGUCUGGUCAGGAAUGAACACGGAAAUCAGGAGUCCAGCAUCGUAAAUAUUGAUGUUCACUAUCCUCCGAGGAGCAUCUGGGUGUCUGUCAGUCCUUCAGGUGAAAUAAAGGAGGGCAGUUCUGUGACUCUGACCUGCAACGCUUUUUCUAACCCCCCUGUGGAGAACUACACCUGGUAUAAAGAACAAACCUAUAAAGGACGUGGACAAACCCUCACUGUUAGGAACAUCAGCUCUGAGGAUGGUGGAGAGUACAAGUGCAAGUGCAUCUAUAAAAAACAAGUCAAAUACUCUGAUCCUAAAAUUCUAAUGGUUAUGGAUCCUCCUAAAAGAGUCUCAGUGUCCGUCAGUUUCUCUUCUUGUUUGGGUUCCUGCGACGACUGGGGAACCUAG